AUGUCAGACCACAAGUUCACCACUCAUACAUUUCACCUGAACAAUGGCUGCGCCAUCCCCGCCAUUGGGCUUGGUACGUGGCAGUCGAAGGAAAAUGCUACUCGUGAAGCAGUGAAGUACGCUCUGCAGAAUGGAUAUCGACACGUCGACACAGCUUUGAACUAUGGCAAUGAGCAAGAGGUUGGCGAGGGCAUCCGCGCAUCAGGUGUCCCGCGGGAACAGAUCUGGGUCACAUCCAAGCUGGAUAACCACUGGCAUCACCGCGUGCGAGAGGGGCUUGAAAAAUCACUGGAAAAUCUCGGCCUUGAGUAUAUCGAUCUGUUUUUGAUACACUUCCCAUGCUCGACGGAUCCAGAAGACAGAUCAAAGCAUCUUCCAGACUGGAACUUCGUUGACACAUGGCGCGAGAUGCAGAAGCUCUUGGAUACGGGGAAAGUCCGGACCAUCGGUGUCUCGAACUUCCAGAUGUCUCACUUAGAGACGCUUCUCAACGAUCCAUCCUGCAAGGUUGUUCCUGCCGUCAACCAGAUUGAGCUGCAUCCCCAUAAUCCAUCGCCGAAACUACUAGAAUACUGCAAGUCCAAAGGGAUACAUUGCACCGCGUACUCAUGUCUCGGUGGAAACACCGCAUCACCUAUCAACGCGCAUACGGACCUGAUUGAUGACCCCACGGUGUUGAAGAUAUCGAAAGCGAAAGCCAAGGCACCGGCUCAGAUUCUUGUGAUGUGGGGGCUUCAGCGUGGGACCAGUAUGAUUCCAAAGAGCGUGACGCCGGAUCGAAUCAGUUCUAACUUUCUGAUGGAUGGUUGGUGUCUCUCCAAUGGGGAUAUCCUGGCGCUAGAUGGGAUUCAGACUCGGGCGAAAGUGGUUGGCGACGCAUGGAUGCCAAUUCGCGUCUUUCUGGGCGAUGAUAUAUAG